AUGUGCGGGAUGGUCGGAACGAAAAGGUUCAAGUUCGACGUGUUCUCCAACGACGUGACGCUGGCCAACGAGAUGGAGUCGACGGGAAUCGCCGGCCGAGUUCACGUCUCUGAGGCCACCGCCAAGCACCUCCACAAUCAUUACAUCAUCGAGGAAGGCCCUGAUUAUGAUGGUCAAUAUUCAUUUUUUGGUCCCUUUAAUGUUCAAAAUUUCCCUCGAAAAUGGUAUAAGGGGAAUUUUUGAGGGCGGGAAUUUUCGGGAACUCGGACAGAACAACUCUUCGAUUUUCUUCUUUGCUUCUUCAAUAUUUUGAAUAUGAUGGUCAGCUAAAAACUGAAAAAAAGUCUUGUUCUAGAAGGAGGUGAAUUUUUCUAUCAUUCCAACAUAAUCACUAAGUUCUCAUGUUUUCCUCCAGUUUUUCAAGAUGAAAAAAGCGGAAAUUUUCCGAUUAACGUCAUAGAAACUCUGAAAGUGUCAAAAGCACCUGCACUGACAUUCACGCCUGAAAUUCCAGUUUUCAAUGAAGAAAAGGUCUUUUUCGGGACUUUGAGGAAUAAAAAUUCUUAGACAGGUUAUUAUCAAAAAAAAAAUUAGUUCUAAAGAUUUUUUGAGAAACGAUUAAAAACUUUUUGGAAGGAACUUAAGUUCUAAAAAGUUACGAAGUUUUUGGUCGCAUUUAGAAUUGCUCACUGCAAGUUUUUGUAUUUUACUGACGCCAGCUCAUUUUUCCGAAGUCGUUUUUGGUCGGUUGCACCUCGUAGGCACCCUUUUUUCGCUUCAAGCCAUUCCUCAUGCGACCAAUUUUCAAUUUUUAACCUUCUGAAAAAGUUUUAGUGAUGAAACUAUAAAUUUUCACUUUUCAUAGGUGCAGGAAAUCUUUUUUGAGCGUUUAGCCAUUCCCAAUGCGACCAUGUUUCAAAUUUUUACUUUCUGGAAAAGUUUUUAAAGAGGAAAUUUCUGAAAUUUCGAUUCUUAUCGGUUUGAAAAAUACUUUUUUCAACUGAAUCUCUCCAAAAUGAACUAGGAAAUCUUUUUUUAGGUUUAGCCAUUCCCAAUGCGACCAUUUUGAGUUUUUUUAAGCUCUGUAAAACAUUUUGAAUAAAAAAAUUGAAUUUUCGGUUUUUUUAUAGGUUUUGGAAAAAGUACAUUUUUUUCGACUCAAUUUCUCUAAAAUGAACUAGAAAAUCUUUCUCAUGAUUUUAGCCAUUCCCAUUGCGACCAUUUUUCAAAUUUUUACUUUCUGGAAAAGUUUUUAAAGAGGAAAUUUCUGAAAUUUCGAUUCUUAUCGGUUUGAAAAGCACUUUCUCAAUGUCCAAAAUGAACUAGGAAAUAUUUUACAGGAGUUUAGCCAUUCCCAAUGCGACCUUUUUUUGCUCUGUAAAAUGUUUAAAAUUAAAAAAAUUGAAUUUUUGUCGAUUUUUAUCGGUUUUAGAAAAGGACAUUUUCGACUCAAUUUCUCCAAAAUGAACUGAGAAAAAAAAGGAAUGUGCAAAUAUUUGGCCUCCAUUUUCAUAUCCACUUCAAUAGGCCCAUAAUUAGGGGCUUGGAAAUGCGUGCCGGAGAGCUCUCGAAACGUCUUUUACCAUCAAUUUUCGCUCAUUUUGACCGAAAUAGAAGGGCAAGAAGCAAUGGGAUUCAGUUGGGGAAAGAAGAAGAAAAAGAAGAGGAAAAAGAAGAAAAAAAGUCACGACCAAAUGUAAUUUAGGCCCACUGCGGAUGCAAGUACAAGGGACGGAGAAACGCGUGAAACCAGCCAGUUUGUUUUUCAUUUUUUUGAGGGGUCAGAAAGAAAUAUGUAGAAAAAUUGACAAGAAAAUUGAGAGUUUUGAGCGAAAAUUACUCAUUUUUCGAGUUUUGAGCGGAACCUUGAGCUUUUUUGCAUUGUCUACUGAAAAAAAUUUGGUUCUAGAAGCUACUUUUAAUCGCAUGUAACUCUUUUAGGGCUGGAACUUUCCAAAGUCGUUUCUGGUCGGGUGCAGAAAAUAUGUAGAAAAAUUGACAAGAAAAUUGAGAGUUUUGAACGAAAACUAGUCAUUUUUCGAAUAAGUAUCGAUUUUGAGAGGGAUUUCAAGCUUUUUUGAACUUGCUACUAGAGAAAAUUGAGUACUGAGAAGCUAUUUUUGGUCGUAUUCAUUUCUUUUACGGCUGGAAUUUUUCGAAGUCGUUUCUGGUCGGGUGCACGUGUAGCCCUUCUCCAUUUAUGCUUCUGGAAAACUUUUUUAAAAAUAAGUCUGAAUUUUAAAUUUCUAUGGACUUCUCAGCAUUAAAAUCUAUUCGAAAAUAAUUUUUUUACGCGAUUUUUUUUUCCAGAAUGAACUAUUAAAAAAAUGUGCAAAUUUUUACCUUUUUCUUUUUUUUUAACUCGAUUUUUGACUCCAGAAUGAGGUCGUUUUCUGACUUGGAAAAUGGAACUUUUAAAAAAUGACACGUAAAGUUGAAAAACGCAAAAAACAAAUUAAUUUUUUAACCGAAACUUGUCAUUUUUCAAGGCUGUAUUGGUUUUGAGCUUUCUGUCAUAUCCUAUUGAAAAAAAAAAUGAGGUUUUAGAAAACUAUAAAUCAAAUUUUUUUAGCUGAAAGUUGAAGUUUCAUUUACUUUUUUUGAGAAAUUUCAUCAUUUUUUUAUGCAGUUUUUUUCGGGUUUGAAUUCGAAAAAUUAAGCAAUUAAAAACCAUAAAACUUGGAAAGUGCCGAUUUUUCGAAAAAAAAUUCAGUUUGAAACUAAAAUUAUUUAUGUUUUUCAUAGCUUCGAAAUGAAAUGUCCAAAAAUUUAGGCAUGAAGACCUACUUCAUCAAAGGUCGAAUCCACGAACCCACCGAGGAAGGCGGCGAGGCACCCGAGCCUGAACUCAACUCCUCCCAAACCAAAAUCGGCAAAAAAUACGGCUUGAAACAAGUAAAAUGACAUUAACUUGCGUCUAAAACCCGAAAAAUUAUAGAAACUAGCCGGAAAAUUGAAAAUGAACCACACGAACUCCUACCCAAUAAGAGCGGCCGUCGGUCGGGAAGGCGGCGGGAGUCUGAGGAUAAAACUCGCCGAGAGGAACCGAAGCACCCAACUUUUGCCCAAAGAAGUUGAUUCGAAAUAAAUUCCAAAGUUCAAGGAUUUAUUUUAGUCAAACUCGAUCUGCAUCAUGGAGGACAACCGGAAAUCGGCGUCCCUUCAAGCCUUGGCCACCAAUAAUUUCCAUGGUAAGAAUGGAAAAGUUUAAGAAAAAUGAAGCCUUGGUGAGCAUUAUAAACAUUGAAAUUUCAAAUAAACAUACUUAGGUAGACCAGAGUGGUCCCUAAAGGGGUUGGGGAGAAAAACAGCCCCUGUAGGAACAAAAUAAAGCUCCCUAGAGGAGUAACAUUUCGGAAUUCCUUAUAGGAGUUUGGCGUUUGACUCAUCAGCUUUUAAAGCAGAAGUGUCUUUUAUAGGGAUCUUUAAAUAUUCUCAAGUUUUUUUAACAAUUGAAAAGACGUAUUUGAAGACGUACUUGAUCGAUUGAUUAAUUUUCUUCUCAUGAAGUUCAUAACAAUAAUCGAGACUUUCCCCUUUAGGAGUCACUAACGGAAAACCCUUACAGGGACUUUCAAGGUUGAGUGGCUCCUAUAUGGAAAGCUUCAUUGGCUCCUGUAGGGGCCACUCUGGAGCUCCUAACUAUACGUCAUUUUUAUUUUCAAAUCAGAACGAAAAUUAAAGGAUCUUUAUAGGGAUCACUGAAGCUUUAGGGGUUCGUGAGUCAGACCCUUAACUUCUAUAGAGUCCACUCAAGUUUAAGCCUUCUAGGGAGCACUUUUCUGUCAGCGGUAGGGUAUUUUUUCCUCCUAAACCCUAUAGUGACCACUUUGGUGUUCAUAAGUAUUUGAAUGAUUUUUUGAGAUAUUUGAUGAAUGAAAUAGACAUUAUUGGCUCAAAAUUAUUUUUUCCUUAUCCCUCUGGCGCUCCUGAGUAUUUUAAUGAUUUUUUGAGAGAUUUGGAAAAGGAAAUGGACACUUUAGGCUCAAAAAUUUUUUCUUCUUACCCCUAUAGUGAACACUAAGGCGUUCUGAAGUUUUUUAGUGAUUUUUCGAGGUUUUUAUUGAAGUAAGAGACAGUUGUAAGCUCAAAAUGUACUCAAGAAUAUUCUUUUUUUUUUAUAUAAAGAUCACUCUGGCGCUCCUGAGUAAUUGGAGGAUUUUUUGAGGAAUUUGUAGAAGGAAAUGGACACUUCAGGCUCAAAUUUUUCUCUUCUUAACCCUGUAGUGAACACUUUGCCGUUCCCUGAAUGUUUUUUCGAGAAAUUUAAAAAAGGAGAAUGAAAUCUCAGGCUCAACUCCUGACACGAACAACACCUACAGCGACAAAGUCGAACACAAAAACGGAAGUGGAAGUAACAGCGUGAAAGGAAGUCGCAGUAGUGGACUUCAGGUUGAUUUUCCAUUGAAAAGACCUUGAACUUCUUCAUUUUUCUCAGCUUUCCCUCCAAGACGCGAAUUCGGAUCUGAACUCGGUCGGCGGCCUCGACACGGCAAUAUCUCAUCAUCAUAACGCCGCUUCCUUGACUCGGUUUUUUUUUCAAAACUUCAAAAAUGAAAUUUCCAAUAAUUCAAGAAGAACUUUAUCACUGAUGGGAAUGAAAUUUUGAGCUCACCAAUGUAAAAAUUUGAAAAAAGCGACUUUUUAUCUCUAAAAAAAUCUAUUUUUCGUGGUUUUUUGAUCACCAGAUAAAAAAAAUGUUGUGUCUAAAAAAAGUUGAAUUUUGUUCAUUUUUUUGAUGUGAUUAUUCAGAAAUCCUGGAAGUUGAAGUUGAGAUUUACGCUGGAAAAAAAUUGGAUUUUUGUGACAUUUUUUUCAAUUUUUCCCCUGAUUCUUCAGAAAUUUGAAAAUCUAGGUAUUGUGUUAAAAAAACUUGAAUUUUUGUGUGUUUCCUGAUCAUUUUUUUCUCCUGAUUUUUUUCAGAAAUUUCAAAAAAUUUAGGUUAAGAUAUUGUAUUGAGAAAUUUAGAUUUCGUGUAUUUCAGUCCGAAUUUUUUUGUUAUCUUUCCAAAAUUUUUAAAAUUAAGUCAUGAAGGUGAUAUGAUUUCUUGUGAAAAAAAAUCGAUUUUUUUGUGUAUUUUUUUGUCAGUUUUUCCCCCUGAUUCUUCAGAAAUUUUAAAAAAAUUUAAGUUAAGAUGUUCGUUGAAAAUAUGGGUUUUGGUGUACUUUAGUUCAAAUUUUUCUUAUUAUUUUUUUCCAAAAUUUCAAAAUGAAGUCAAAAAGGUGAUAAGAUUUUUGCGUUGAAAAAAAUCAAUUUUUCGUGUUUUUUUCAAUUUUUUUCUAAGAAUUCAAAAAUCUUCAAAAAAAUCCUUCAAAAAAAUCCUAGAAAGUUUAAGUUAAGAUUUUUAGUUUUAAAAUCGAUUUUUGUGUAUUUUUGAUCAAUUUCGCGUGGAAUUCAAGUGAUUUUGUUUCUAGAUUCGACACGGACAAUCGGGAUUUCGACCAAAGACUCGCCUUGGUGAUCGGACAGGGCGAAGGAGGCUUCGACAAGGGAUUUUGGGCCCAUCACGACAGUUUGAAUCCCUGGACUCUGCGCUUCAAUGAGAAGGUUUCGGAAAAGCAUACUUUUAGGCUGGAAAACUAGAAAAAAGUGGAAGUUGAAGGAAAAAAAGAAUCCUUGCUUUUCGAAUAAUUAUGGAAAUUUAAAGAAACUCCGACUGUCAGAAAUCUGAAAAUGAGCUUUUAGGGCCAAAAAGGUACUAGGAGAAUCGGUAAAAAGCUGAAAAAAGGAACGAAACUUUUGGAGCAGGAAUAAUUAUUGAAUUUCUCUGGUUUUUUUAGGUUUAUAACACUUUAACGUUUCUCUGAGCGCUCAUUUAUAAUUUAUGGGAAAAAUCGUUGUAAUAUUAUUCUGAACUUGGACAAAGUCUUCAAAGCUUCUAAAAAGUUUGAAGACUGAAUAAUUUUUAACUUGUUGAAAAAGCAAAUUUCAAUUUCUGAUAUUUUUGAAGACUAAAGAAAUUUCAUUAAGUUCAAAAAAAUUGAAAUUUUUAGAUUCAAAACAUGUCUAGAAACUGUUUUUUUCCCUCAUUUGGAGGCAUUUAAACGCAAAAAAAUCGACUUCGCGAUCAGAUUAAAGGUGUAACAAGUUGAAAAAUCAAACCUUCAAGCUAAGAAACAACUAAGAAUAUUGGAAAAAACAGAAAAAAAAGAAAAAAAAAUUUUCUUUGAAGCACGAUUUACAAAAAAAUGAUUAUAGAUUUUCUCAAGAAUUUUUCAAAUCCAAGGUAGAAAAAAAGGACCUGAAGUUUUAUGUAGGAUUAUCAUAUCGGUAACUUCAAAAAAAAAAAUUAAAAAGCUGCUUUUUCAGGCAUAUCUCACUUUUUAUGUUUCUCUAAGCUUUCAUUUAUUUAUUUAUUAGGAAUUCGUUGUUGGGAGCUCCUUUCGUAAUUUAAUAUUAAGAACUCCAAAAAAGCCUUCAAAACUUAUGAAAUUUUAGGGAGUGAAUAAUUUUCAUUAGGCUCAAAAACUUAGGCUUUUCGAUCCGAAAACUGUUGCCAGGGCUGGAAUUUGUCUCAUUUUCCUUUUGUUUUGAAUCAUUUUUUUAAUGAAAAAAAUAGACACUUGGGUUCAAUAAAAAUCUAUAGAUUGAAUUUUUUUAGAUUGAAAAAAAUACUAGGAAAAAGGUAAAAUACGUUAGAGAAAAAAAGUAAAAAGUUCUUGUUUUUCGAAUAAUAAUUGAACUAUGUGAGAAUUCUCCAAGAUGAAACACAAAAAGGAAGUUUUAUGUAAUACCAACCAAAUGAGGAUUUGAAAAAAAAAAUGGAAGUUCGUUUUGAGGCUUGCUACACUUUAAUGUUUCUCUAAGUCUUGAAAUAUAAUUUACUGGAAAAUAAAAUUGCUCCUCGAUAGUUUUUAAGCUGAAUAUUUUCAUUACGUUGAUAAAGAAAAUGCGAUUUUCAAUCCAAAACCAAUUUUCCAGGACUAGAAUUUGUUUAAUUUUCCACUUCUUUCAAUGAAAAAAUGAAAUUUUUUUGGUCUCGAAAUCUUCCAUUUCUCAGGACGUCGAACAAGAAUAUCGGGCUCAUUUCGGCGACUCCGCUGAACGAUUUGCGGUCCAGAAAACGCCGGUCGGACGUCAUCAGGUGCAUUUUCAUAUUUUAAACUAUAUAAAAAUAAUUAUUUUUUUGCAGGAAAUGGCUGUGGAAGAGAAGGAUGUCAAGAACAAAUAUCGGUAUUCCGGCGUUUUUUUAUAGGUACUUUUUUUGGACUUCUUCCGAUAAAUUUCAUAACUCGAAACUUUGACAAAUUUUUAUUGGAUUUUUUUCUGAAUCUUAGAAUUUUUUUCUAGUGUAGGUUAUAUUUAUAAAAUAUGGUUUUUCAAUUUCCUGAAAAAAAUUUAAUUUGUCAAUUUUUUUGCUCUUGGAAAAAGUUUCGAACAGAAUAUUUUUGAUAAAUUUUUGGGGACUCAUUAUUUUUAGUGUUUAUUUAUCGCUCUUUUUUUGGUAAAUUUUUAGAACUCUAGAUUUUUUUAAAAAAAUUUGACAAUAGUAUUGAAUUUUUUUGGUGCAGAUAAUGUACGGAAAAACUCGAAAAAAAGUGUUUUUUUAUUUUUCAAAAGGUUUUGUACCCGAAAUUUGGAAAAAGAAGGGCUAAUUUUUGAAUCCUCAUUUUUUUCCUGGCUGGUUACUGUUUGAGAAGUUUUGGAUAAAAUUUCUUCGAGUUUCAAUAAAUUUUUUUGGCCUUUUUGCUUUUUGGAGAAAAUAUGUUUUUUUGCUUUUUUAAAAGAUUUUUGAAAAAUUAAAUUCCAUUUUUCUCAUGGUAUUUUUUCCAGUAGGGACAAAAUAUUAAUUGAGAAUAUUUCGUGAGGUUUUAACGAUUUUUUUAAAAAAAAAUUUUUUUGAACGAUUUCCUAAUUUUUUUGAGCUAGGAAAAUUAUAAUUCGAAAUGUUCUGUUGAGACCGUUCAAAAAAAUAAAAAAAUAAAUCAUUUUUUUAGACAUAAUGGUAGCGGCUUUCAUCUUCGUUUUUGGCGUCGAUCGUCGCUUUUUCUGGCCGUCCGACCUCUCCCAACUUCCCUGAUUAUUUUCUUCCCCCUGGCCACUGUUCUCCUCGUUCUGACUAUCAUUUUAAUUGGUAUUUCUUAUCGGUUUUUGUUAAUCUUUCCAUUUUUUAGGUUUGCCUCUUUUGAGCCGGAAAACGCUGAUGCCGUGCGUGAACCAGUGGCAGCCGAGGCAUCUUAUCGGUUUGUUUUGAUUCUCCUGUAAAGAAGGGAGAAAAUAGCCUCUAAAGUAAGAAUAAUGCGCUCCAAUGAUAACUACAAGUAAAAUGAAAUUCAUAGGUAAUUUUUCAACAAAAAAAGGUCAUAGUACAAGAUGACAGGGAUAACGAAACUCUGAUACUAAAUUAAAAGAAAAAUAGCCGCCAAAUAGGUAAACGCGCUCCAGCGAAAAUUAUGAAAAAAAAAUUUCUUUGAGGAUGUUUCUCUAUUUUUUACAAUUUCGGCAAACUUUGUCCGGCUCCCCAAUUCCAAAGAAGACUCAAGACACUUGUGAAUAAAUUAGGAGAUUCUGAACUUGCAGGAGCUUUCCUGAUAAUGUUGCCCGUCGGAAUCGCCCUCUGCACGAUGCCGCAGUGCACCCGGGGAGAAUGUGCGGACACUUUACUUUCCAGUCGACUCGUUUUCAGGUAUAAAAAUACCUUGAAAUGGGCCAAUUUUCAACGCUAGUUUCUGAGGAAAAGCGUGCAGAAUAGGAGCCUCACGAGGUGUGAGAACUGAAUGGGAGGCUCUAGAAUAAUAUGGAAGGUUUUAUUCAAAUAUCAUGUAAACUCAUUGAGUUCAUGAAGUUCAUGGAUUGGCAAAUCAAUGAUUUUUUUCCAGCUACGUGAUGAUGCUGGCCUUGUUCGCCCACUGCAACUUUUCUCAACUGGCCGCUUGGCCGAAAACCAUCCAGGCCAUCCUCGUCGGCUUGCUCCAUAUUGCUGGCGUCUACUUUUGUCAGCACAAUCUCGAGUCUUUGACGGCGGCCGUUAGUUUUUCAGUGGAAAAAAGUCCGGAUUGAAUAUUGAAAAAUAUUUUUUUCCUACUCUUGAUUUCGGUUCCUGUUGAUUUAUUUGACUUGAGUGACCCAUUUUUUGCACUUUGCAAGCGGCAGUUUGUUUUUGAUUUUCCAAAAAUCUAUGGGAUUGAUCAGAGAGAGGAAAUGAUGAAUUUAAGUUCCAAAAUUAUUAACCUAUUAGAGGUUUCAAUAUGAGAUGGCUUUUGCAGACGAGUUUUAAGGUGUUUCCCACUUUUUCCUCCAAUGAGAACAUCUAAAGAUCGUGUUUUUUUGACGACAAUUUCAAGAAAAUCAACCCCUUCCCCCAGUCAAAAAGCGAAAGUUUUUUUCACGUCGAAUAUAAGAGUUCACGCAAAAGUCAGGCCCAAAUCCCGAGCCGCCCCCCUUCUUUUUUUCCAGCCAGAAACUUUGAUUGUAGACCAAAUACAUUAGGGGGCACGAAAAUUCGUCAAAAUUACUAAAAAACGACCGGUCAAUACUGCGCCGCCUCUUUCAGAGCCAUGGAAUUUUUGAAAUUAUUUAUUUCAAUUUUUUUCGAACCUAUUUCUCAAGGCGCAAGUUUCGUCACGUCAGGAAUUUAUAUUUGAUACACCAAAAAAUAUAUAUAAUCUCUGUAUUCGUUAACUCAGACAAAGAUGACCUUCUUUCCAGGACGAUAUUUGCAACUCGACCCUCACCACUUCUGCGCCGCUUUUCCCAGGCCGAGAACGACUUCUACCGCUGAAAACCAUGUCCGCGCGGCUUCUCCCUCAAUCUUUCGGCUCCCCUCUCUUCAUCUGGGAACUACUUCUCGACGUGGCUCUUUCCAUCGUCCUGGUCGCCUUUUUGAACUAUCAGGUUAUCAAAUCUGAUCGGAACAUAAAUUGACAGUUUUUUUCAGUUUGAAGCUGCCUUCCGCAUGUCCUUCUUUGGGGAUGUUCAAGCCAGAAGGGAUACUCAGAGGAUGCAGGUGAAUAAAUGAGAAAAAGAAGGAGAAAACGUUGAAAAACGGAGCCAAAUUUAUUGAGUAAUGGUUUGAAAAAAAAAAAAAAUUUGUGGAUAUUUUGACUUGGAACUUGUAAAGAUUUCAGAUUUUUUAAGGCUUUUUCUUAUUAGAAAAUUCUAGACUUAAAUUUGGUUUUCCAAGCCCAAAGUUCUGAAGAAAUUCGAGUUGGCUCCCUAGAUAGAGUUUGAGUGGUCUCUAUAGGAGUUUAGCGACUCCUGAAGCUUAAAGAAAUUCGAGUUGAUUUCAAAUAUUUGUAAAAAAAAAAGUUUGGCGAUUCCCAUAAAAUACUUUUCCACGCUAUAGUGGUCACUAGAGGGGUCAGAGAAAACAGCCCCUAUAGGGGGACAAAAAUACAGCUCCCUAGACAGAGUUUGAGUGGUUCCUAUAGGAGUUUAGCGAUCCCUGAAGCUUAAGAGGUCCCUAUAGUGAUCUCCCAAUUUUCGUUCAGAUUUGAAGAUUAAAAAGACGUUUUAAAUGAAACUUGAUCGAUAAGUAUGUUGACUUUUUUUUUCUUCAAAAAGCGUCAAUUUAUAUAUUUUUGCGCGCAGAAAUUUCCAUUUUUUAGGGGGCAUUAAAGGCUUCAAAAUGACUUUUAUUUAGUGGCUACUAUGGAGGAGAACACUGAAGGUUUCAAACCAGAACGAAGUUUGAAAAAAACACUAAAGGGGACCCUUGAGGUUUAUGGGUUCGGGCGUCAGACUCUAAAUUCUUAUAAACCCUCUAGGGAGCACUAUUUUAUCCGCUAUAAGUGCCGUUUUUUUCUUCCUAACCCCUCUAGGGACUACUUUGGGUUUUGGAAGAUCAAAAUUCCACCAAACCAUACUUUUAAAGUAUACCUUUAAACGGUCCUAGUCAGUUAAUGUAAAAUUUCUUUUUUUUUUAAAAUUUGGACCUAAGAGGACUUAAGGUUCACACGAUCUAACCAUAAGUUCAUAAUAAUUUUUUAACAUAGUUUUUCCUUCAGAUCGUAAGAGAUCAAGCUGAUUGGCUUCUGAACAACGUCAUUCCGGCCCACGCAGUUGAAAGCUUGAAAACCGACACGAAAUACAGUGAGAAUCACGAAUCGACGGCCGUUCUCUUCGCCAGCAUCACCAACUGGAACGACAUGUACGAGGAGAACUUCGAGGGCGGACGCGAGUUUCUGCGAGUUCUGAACGAAGUUGGGCUUUGUGAAAACUGAAUAAAUGGGUUUUCAUAGUCUGUGUGCCACGACUUGAAAUUUCACGGAACGACAUUCCGCUGUUGCGCUGCGUGCGUUCGCGAAGCGCCUUUCGAAUCUAGGUCACGCUUCCAAUUUAUUGUCAUCGCUGUGGGAGCACAUGAAAGGAGAGUACCUUAAUAAAAGAAAAAAAAAAAUUAAAGGGCGACCUAGGUUCGCAAAGGCGCGCAGCGGCACAGCGGAAUGUCGUUCGGUGAAAUUCCGAGUCGUGGCACACAGGCUAUAUAUGAAAUUAUCAUAUUGUAGAGUUCAUUAUAAGGUUACUUUUGUGAAAAUUGAACGUGAAACGGAAAGGAGCUUGAUUUAAGACUUGACAUUCAAAAUCUCAACAGACUGUGGGAAAUUGGCGAAAAUUUCCAAAAAUUGACAGUUUCACCUUUUUUCAGUACGUUUUUGUGACACCCCAAAGUUAAUUUUUCUCGAACUAUGUCCCCGAUUUUUACUUGAACUUUCCAAGGUCAUCGGCGACUUUGACGAAUUGCUCGACCGACCCGAGUUUUGUCACAUUGAGAAGAUCAAGACGAUCGGAGCCGCCUACAUGGCGGCCAGUGGACUCAAUCCCGAACGGAAGAAGAAUAUGCUCCAUCCGAAGGAACAUCUUUAUCAGGUCUUGGAGGGAUUCCCGGGUUUUUGACUCUUUUUGAAGUUCAGAUGGUCGAGUUCGCCUUGGCGAUCCAGCACGUCUUGAGCGUCUUCAACGAGGAUUUGCUCAACUUCGACUUUGUCUGCAAACUUGGACUCAAUAUUGGUAAGCUCGCAAAAGUGGCCACUCUAGGGAGGCGUGCUAGUGUUCUCUAUACGUCUAACAUAAAAUUAAAUCAUGAAAGGCCCCUCUAGGGACCACUUAGAGGUCAGAUCCUAAGCACCUAUAGGUACUACUUGAGUUUUAGCCCUUUAGGGAACACUAUUUGGUCUUUCAUAGGGACUUUUUUAUCUUGACCCCUCUAGGGACCACUAAGGUGUUCAGGCAUAAAUGAAAAGACCAUUUUUUGAGGCCGCAAGUCAUGGACUUCAGAACUUAAGCUUCCAUAGGGAGGGACCACUUGGAUUUUAGCCCUCUAGGGAAUUUUAUUAGGUCUAUUCUACGUGGGCAAGGUCUGAAAGGGUGGAAGAUAGAAAUGUUCCUUUUUUGCUGCCUUUUUGGUGCCUUUUUGCGGCCCUUAUGCACUAUUUUUGCUGUCUCUCCCUUUUUCCACCUUUUCUUGAGCCUUUAAACUCCCAGAAAAAUGCAAGGCUCGAUAAAGGGACUUGUUUUGCUGCCUUUUUGCGGCCUUUUUGCAGCCUUUUGACGCCUUUUUGCUGCCUUUUUGCGGCCAUUUUCUACCAUUCCGACUUUGCCCAAAUAGUGACAUUUUCUCCCCUAAGCCCUCUAGGGACCACUCUGGCCUCCACAAAACUCUUUCAAAUCGUUGUAGGACCCGUAACGGCCGGUGUCAUCGGCACAACCAAACUCUACUACGACAUUUGGGGCGAUACGGUCAAUAUCGCCAGUCGGAUGUACAGUACCGGAGUUCUCAACAGGAUUCAAGUGGAAAAAAUCAAAAACUCCUGAAAAAACAAUGCUUUUGAGGUUUCUCAACACACCCGCGACAUCUUAUUGGAUCGUUACGAUUUCGAAUAUCGAGAUCAUAUCGAGGUCAAAGGAAUCGACGGCGGCAUGGAUACUUAUCUUAUCGUGAGAUUUUCAAUUUUUAAAAAUUUCUAGUAAAUCAAUAAAAGUUGAGUCCUUGUUGGAAGAUUUAAAGGCGCAGGAAUUUUCUUAAAUGACGCUUAAAAUGCCUUUUCGCUUCGAGACCUUUAUAAAUAUUCGCUAUGCUUCUUUAAUUUUAAAGCUUGGAUUUUCGAGCAGAAGUAAACCAAAAAUAACAUUGAAAAUGCUUUUUCGCUUCAAGAUCUUUAUAGAACUUAUCUAUGUGCCUUCAGUUAAUCCGUUUUGAUUGUCGAGAAGAAAUGAACCUAAAAAAACACUGAAAUUUCUUUUCGCUUCGAGACCUUCAUGAAAUUAAUCUAUGCUCCUUUAAUUACUCAAGCUUGAAUUUUUGAGCAGAAAAGAAUCAAAAAUAGCACUGAAAAUUAGUUUUUGAUAAGCUUGUAAGAUAGUUUUUGUCAUUUUAAUCAUGUAUCGAUUUUGAAAAAAAUCAUUUUUUCUGAAUAUUUCAUCGAUGAGAUAUUCACGAAGUACUAGAGAACGAGCUUUUCAAAAUUUAAAAAAAAAAAACGUGUUUUGAAGCAAUUUUUUAUUGGAGAAAUGAGUGUAAAAUAUGCAAAUUAAAAAUAUAUAUGAAAGCUUUUUUUUGGAAUAUUAGCACAAAGAUAAAUUAAUUCAAUAAAAAACGCCUUUUUUCCAAUACGAACGGCUUCCUAAUUUUUUUUAAAGGCAUAGGGGCAGUAAAAAAUGGUGUUUCAGGUGAAAGCAGUAUCUUAUACAUUUUUUCUUUGCGAAUCGAAUGGUGUACUCAAAAAAAUUACAGAUGUGACAACUUUAGAAGAAAAACGCAAUUUAACUUUCCCGCCUUUGAUUUUGAAAAAAGCUUUGGAUCGGUAUGCAGACAACUGUUUACAGUAGCCGUGCACGCGAUGUUGCGGACGUCUCAUUAGACUCGCAUUUUGGGAGAAAUAACCGGAUAUCUGCUUCAAAUUAAGGGUUUCUUCUCUGAAAAAUCGAUUGAGAAAACAGAAAACACACAUUGAUAAUAAAGAAAACACAAAUAAUCGCUAUCCCAAUCGAAACCUUUGUAAAAUCAUCAUUUUUCACCAGAAAAGCAUUUUUGCGAUCAAAGUUCGCAAAUUAUACAUGAAUAGAAAGCUUUUGUGACGAAAAGAACUUUGGUGACGACAGAAAAAAUUGAAAUUUGAAAGAAAAGAAGAAAAAAACGAAAAUCCGGAAGAUGGCGAAGCCUGUUGUCCAUAGAGCAACUUUACUGCAAAGCGCCCUUUUCGCGGGAACUCAAGCUUUCCUUUCUCCGAUUUUGAAUUAUUUUUUCUCCAAAACUAGGAACUUCUAUACGUUUCCAAGUUCACCGUUCGAUUCGCAAUGGAAAGCUCUACAAAGUACUGCUUUGAACUGAAACACCGUUUUUUGCUGCCCCUAUGCCUUUAACUCAUGUUUUCAGGAAUUUUUAACUUCUGCUGAAUCAUGGAAUAAUUGAAGAGUUGUUCGUCGGUUUGCGAAACUGUCGUUGAUCAAACGUAGACGGCGCGUAGAGCAUCUCGCUUUUCUUGUGAAAGUAGUAGACGACUUUCAAGCGUUUCCGACGAUCACUGCUUCUCCAUGUAGGAACGGUACGGCGCCCAGCUUGUCCAGGGCUGACGGGCGUCAGAUUAAAUCUCAGACGAGAGCGGAAAUGAAAACCGACCACUCGGGUGGUAGAAAUGAGAUAAUAAUAAUAAUAAUAAUAAUAAUAAUAAUAAUAAUUUUUCUCUCGAUUAUUUUUAAAUUAAUAUGCGAAAUAGAGUCAAAAAAAUCGUCAUUUUCCUUUUACGUAAAAGCUUAAUACGUUUUUCAAUACAUAGAUUUUUUUAAAAUAAUAACUAUUGUUUUUGUAAAUUUUUAAUAAUUCAGGUUGGACGAAAGGCUGACGCGAUUCCGGCUUCAGUGAAACCAGUUUCAGAAGAAGUUUCAGAACUCUAG